CAGCCCGCUGGCCGCUGCCAAAGGGGCUGGGGAGGAAGAGACAAAAAGUAGUUUCCCCCCCCCCGCGCCUCCUCCUUUCUCUCGCUAAUCCCGCCUCCUCCCCAGAGUUAGGAAGACUCGACGCUGGGCUCGUCGCUAGGUUUUUUUCUUUCUCUCUCUUUUUUUUAAUACCCAGAAGAGGAAAAAGGACCCUGGGAUCUGGUUUUCGCCCGCCGCUCCCGUGCUUGGGUCACUGUGUGUGGGUUUGAAAGGCGAGGGGAGAAGAACAAAAUCCACCGGCUCCAUCCUCCGCCGUGGGUGCUUUUUAAUUUAGCAUUUUUCCUCGGGUUUUAAAACAACCCCCUCUUCACAAUGAACAAAUUGUACAUCGGGAACCUCAGCGACCACGCCGGCCCCGCGGACCUGGAAAGUGUCUUCAAGGACGCUAAGAUCCCGGUGGCCGGCCCCUUCCUGGUGAAGACGGGCUACGCGUUCGUGGACUGCCCGGACGAGGGCUGGGCCCUCAAGGCCAUCGAGGCGCUUUCAGGUAAAAUGGAACUACAUGGGAAACCGAUGGAAGUUGAGCACUCGGUCCCCAAACGGCAGAGGAUUCGGAAACUUCAGAUACGAAAUAUCCCACCCCACUUACAAUGGGAGGUGCUGGAUAGUUUACUAGUCCAGUAUGGAGUGGUGGAGAGCUGUGAGCAAGUGAACACGGACUCGGAAACAGCAGUUGUAAAUGUAACCUAUUCCAGUAAGGACCAAGCUAGACAAGCCUUAGACAAACUGAAUGGAUUCCAGUUAGAGAACUUCACCUUGAAGGUUGCCUACAUCCCAGAUGAAACUGCUGCCCAGCAAAGCCCCUCACCUCAGCUCCGAGGGCGCCGGGGGCCAGGGCAGCGGGGCUCAUCCAGGCAGACGUCUCCAGGAUCCGUGUCCAAGCAGAAGCCCUGUGACCUGCCGCUGCGCCUGCUGGUGCCCACCCAGUUUGUUGGAGCCAUUAUAGGAAAAGAAGGUGCCACCAUUCGCAACAUCACCAAACAGACCCAGUCUAAGAUCGAUGUCCAUCGUAAGGAGAAUACAGGGGCCGCGGAGAAGUCCAUUACUAUCCUCUCUACCCCUGAAGGCACUUCUGCAGCUUGUAAGUCUAUUCUGGAGAUUAUGCAUAAGGAAGCGCAAGAUAUAAAAUUCACAGAGGAGAUCCCCUUGAAGAUUUUAGCUCACAAUAACUUUGUAGGCCGUCUCAUUGGUAAAGAAGGAAGGAACCUUAAAAAAAUUGAGCAAGACACGGACACUAAAAUCACGAUAUCUCCAUUGCAGGAACUGACGUUGUACAAUCCGGAGCGUACCAUUACAGUUAAAGGCAAUGUUGAGACGUGUGCCAAGGCUGAGGAGGAAAUAAUGAAGAAGAUCAGGGAGUCCUAUGAAAAUGACAUUGCUUCCAUGAAUCAAUCAGAGACGGAGACCGUGCACCUGUUCAUCCCCGCCCUGUCGGUCGGUGCCAUCAUUGGCAAGCAGGGUCAACACAUCAAACAGCUUUCUCGUUUUGCAGGAGCUUCGAUUAAGAUCGCGCCAGCCGAAGCACCAGAUGCUAAAGUGAGGAUGGUGAUCAUCACUGGACCACCAGAGGCUCAGUUCAAGGCUCAGGGGAGAAUUUAUGGAAAAAUUAAAGAAGAAAACUUUGUGAGUCCUAAGGAAGAGGUGAAACUUGAAGCUCACAUCAGAGUGCCGUCCUUUGCUGCUGGCAGAGUCAUUGGGAAAGGAGGCAAAACGGUGAAUGAACUCCAGAAUUUAUCAAGUGCUGAGGUUGUUGUCCCCCGUGACCAGACACCUGAUGAGAAUGAUCAAGUCGUUGUCAAAAUAACUGGCCACUUCUAUGCUUGCCAGGUUGCCCAGAGGAAAAUUCAGGAAAUUCUGACUCAGGUAAAGCAGCACCAACAGCAGAAAGCUCUGCAGAGUGGAGCACCUCAGUCAAGGCGGAAGUAAAGGCUCAGGAGACAGCCACCACAGAGGCAGGCGCCAAACCAAAGACAGAUCUGCUUAACCAACAGACGGGCGCUGACCCACCCAGAAUCACAUGCACGAGUUUUUACCUAGCUGGUUGUUUGUGAGGACCAGGCAACUCGAACUCCUGUCUCUGUGAGAAUGUAUACUUUAUGCUCUCUGAAAUAUAUGACACCCAGCUUUAAAAAAAGAAAAAAAGUGGGGGUAGGGAACGAGAACUCUGCACUUCCCUUGUGAUAUCAGAGUAUAACAAAUGUGCUAAUUUUUCUUAAUAUCCUUCCAUAAUGCCAAAAAUUGGCAUAAAUGGUACAUUCACUAAAUUUAUCAAAUAAAUUUAAAACUAGGACGUUCCUAAGUCCAAUUGUUGAAGUUGGAUCAAAGUAGAACUGUCACAGGAACACAGCAUGAAGCCAUCAGAAUAGAAGAGCUGUUGCUUCCUGUUACUCUAACACUAACGUGGUUAACCUAAGGGAAGUGCCAGCCGCUGUUGGCGGGGUAUUCAGCGUGCAUUUUUUACUCAACUACCUCAGGUAUUCAGUAAUACAGUUAAAAGCAAAAUUAUUCCUUUUUUGAAAAUUUUAUAUACUUUAUAAAAACUCCAACUGUUUUUUUAAAAAAAAAUAAAAUCUAACAGUUAUCAGCUGAUAGGCAAGUAAUUGAAAAAGUAAUUUUACGUCUGGCUGGUGACAGUAAAGUUGGAAAAAUAAUUUUGCAUUUUUUGAGCCUUUUGACAGUAGUUGGAAAGUCCACUAAAUGUUCAAAGACAAGGAGCAGUGCCUAUUCUCGGAGAGCAGCAAUACCAUGUAUCCCUUUGUUCAUAUGUGGGAAGGCUGUUGAUGGUGCUGACCAUGCAGCGUGGCAGCAGGUCUGGGACUAUUAGUAUAAAGGGCCCAGAAGAUGUGGGGAUUUGUGUUUAAGCUAUGUGUGGGAAUUCGUAAAUGCUUUGUGCUUUGACUGUCACCACGGAAAGGAAGUGUGUCAGUGAAGAAAUGCAGAAUUUAAACAAAACCAGCUUGAGUUUGUUUCACAGGAUGCUCAGCUUGCCAACACACGUGAGCUCAGACUGUACUCUGAGCAGACAUGGAAAGAAUUGCUCUGUGAAGACCAGGGGGAGUCAGGCGGUAUGACGGUACUGAAGGGCAACAGAAGCUCCAUGUCCUUGUGCCUGGCACUGUCACGAGCCUCGGCUAUUUUGAAGGUUUUUAAACAGUGGAAGAACUAAGUCCACCAAAAGUCUUCCAUGAAAUGUAGCAGAGCUUUUGUCUACUCUGCAGCUAUUGUGACAGUGAAUCAAGGUAGGGCAUCCAGCCAACAGUUCUGACUUCCCUUUGCCCUUCCAUAACUUAGUGGCAAAGCCCUGUGUGGAUACUUGUGGGUGUGGGUGGUCCUCAAGGCCAUGCUGCUUUCUGAAUCGUUUUUGUUGCCAUGUUCAUAAGGUGGUUACAGUCGUAUUACACUGACCUUGAGGGUAUUAUGUAACCCUUCAGAAAAUCACUUUGCCUCACUUGUGUUUCAGGAUUAAACUUUACAUGCUUUUAAGUUUUUCUGAACAUCAGCAUAUCAUUUAGACAUUGUGAAGAUGGUUUCCUAAACAUUUUCAUAAAACCAGUCUAUUUUGUAGUUUUAGCCAAAAAGUGCCCCCUUUUUACAACUGGAUUCAUCUAGCAUUUUCAUAUAAUGGAUUUAAACUGCUUAAUAAAAUGUGACCUGCUCUCCUGCUUGGAUCUCAGGGGAGGUAUGCUUAAGGCCAGAGCUCUUCCUCAGUAUUUGAUUUUUCCAGUGUUUGUUUUUUUAAAAACUGACAGGUGCUACAUUUCUAUCUGUUGGUUUCAAUUCUGCCAUAUUUCAUGUCUAGCCUUUUAGAGUGGCCAAUCAUGUUUUACUUUCUCUUAAGCACUGGUGGUCUGGAGUACCUGGUACUGAGUAACUAUAAUUGUGUUUUGUGUUCAUCAUAUACAGAUCAUUUCUCAUCUGUAGUGUGCCCCAAAUGCAGCUUCAUUUUCCAGGUCCCCUGAUGCAGAAUAAAGCUUUCAUCAUAAGCCACA